CUAUUUUGCUGCGGGUUUGGUCGGCGGCCCGAGUGUUGCCCCGCCCCCCGCGCUCGCAGGGCGGCGGCCGGUGCGGGGCGCGCGAGGCGUCGGAACCUUCCGUGUCCCGGGUGCUCGCGCUGCCCGGGCCUCUUUUGGUGCCGGAUCCCUGAGCCCGGAGCGCCGAGGCCGCCGGACCGCGCCGAGGUUGUCUGAAGGCCGAGGCCAAGAUGGCUGCGCCCUCGGCUCCCGGCAUGCUGCGCGCGCUGCUGGCCCUGCGGCCCGGCCCGGGCACCUCCCUGGCCCCUCGUCACAUAGUCUCUGUCCACAGCCCCGGCCUGGGUGCCCGCCUGCCGGCACGAGGAGUCCAGCACGGCGCCCCCAGUGCAAGCGCAGGCCCCAGCAGCAUCCAGCCCUCCGGAGCCGCGCUCCCCAGCAGCCGCGCUGAGUAUGUGGUGGCCAAGUUGGACGACCUGGUCAACUGGGCUCGCCGGAGCUCCAUGUGGCCCAUGACCUUUGGCCUGGCGUGCUGUGCCGUGGAGAUGAUGCACAUGGCGGCCCCACGCUACGACAUGGACCGCUUCGGGGUGGUGUUCCGCGCCAGCCCCCGCCAGGCCGACGUCAUGAUCGUGGCGGGCACGCUCACCAACAAGAUGGCACCUGCACUGCGCAAGGUGUACGACCAGAUGCCCGAGCCGCGCUACGUCGUGUCCAUGGGCAGCUGCGCCAACGGAGGCGGCUACUACCACUACUCCUACUCGGUGGUGCGGGGCUGUGACCGCAUCGUGCCCGUGGACAUUUACGUGCCAGGCUGCCCCCCCACGGCGGAGGCGCUUCUCUACGGGAUCCUGCAGCUGCAGAAGAAGAUCAAGCGCGAGAAGCGGCUGAGCAUCUGGUACCGGCGGUGACUGCCCGAGCCCCGCACCCCGCACCCCGCACCCCGCAGGCAAUAAAGCCCAGAACCCA